CAUUUGCAACAUUCUUUUCCUUAACACACACUCAACCCAGAUGGCAUUGUCCACAAUCUUGCACAUCAAACCACCACCUCCUCCUCCAUUCCCUUCACUAAAACCACACCCCUCCUCCUCCUUCCCAAUUCUCCCCACCAAAACCCCAAUCCCAAUCCCAAUCCCAAUCCAAAACCCUACUAAACCCCUCAAAACCCACUUCACUAUGCAGAGGCCUUCUCAUGCAUCCACCACUGUCCACAGUGCUGUCUCCGACGCAGUCACCCUGAUCCAAUCCUCCCCCGCCACGUGGCAGUCUGCAAUCCUCUGCAACCUCCUGAUCUUUCUUCUGGGCUCUCCGAUUCUGGUUUCUGGGCUCUCCCUUUCCGGCAUUGCUGCCGCAUUUUUGCUCGGAACUCUCACUUGGCGCGCUUUUGGGCCUCCUGGGUUUCUCUUGGUGGCAACCUACUUCGUCAUUGGCACGGCGGUGACAAAGGUGAGAAUGGCACAAAAGGAGGCCGAGGGGGUAGCUGAGAAGAGGAAAGGAAGGAGAGGCCCAGGCAGUGUUAUUGGAUCCAGUGCUGCUGGUUGCAUUUGCGCUUUUCUCACUAUAUUUUUAGUAGGAGGAAAGGCAUAUUCGCGGCUCUGGCAACUAGGGUUUGUUGCCAGUUUCUGUACUAAGUUGAGUGAUACUGUAUCAAGUGAGGUGGGAAAGGCAUAUGGAAAAACAACGUACUUAGUAACAACAUUGAAGGUAGUUCCAAGGGGAACAGAGGGGGCUGUGAGUCUCGAGGGAACCCUUGCUGGACUUUUGGCAUCUGUUCUUCUUGCAUUUGUUGGUUGUCUCAUUGGUCAGAUAAAUGGACCUGAAGCAGUUAUAUGUGUAAUAGCUUCCCAAAUAGCAAAUGUUGGUGAGAGCAUUAUAGGUGCUGCUCUUCAAGACAAGGAAGGAUUUCGAUGGCUCAACAAUGAUGCCGUGAAUGUUAUAAACAUAUCAAUGGGCAGCAUUUUUGCCGUUCUUAUGCAGCAGGCAUUACUCCAAAACCUACGUAUGUAAAUUUGUGAAGAUGGAGGAUGUUUGUCCUCAGUGCCAUGCUAACGCAUAUCGAGCAGGAUGCAUAUAAGAACCCUGGUGACCAAAAACAGACCAUUCCCCUACAUGGGAGACAGAUUGCGAGCAUUGCUUCGUCUCUGAAGCAUAUGUCAAGUUCAAGUUCUUUCCAACCUUCCAAUUUCUGGUUCAGAAUUGGAUGUCUAAUCGAUUUGGUGGUAGUAAGCCCUUCAUAGUUGUAGAUUACCUUUAAGAAUUAUCCAAUGUACGUAAAAGGUUGAACACAUGCUCAGUCAAAGUAGAAAGUUUUUCAGAAAAUCCUUGAUUAUCUUUUACCAUUUGUCAUAUGCCAAAUAUAUAUUAGAGAA